UUUCUAUAUCUAUAUCUAUAUCUAUAUCUAAUCAACAAAAGUAGGAAAUACAAUUUGUGAGGAUUUCUUACAUUGUAUUUGAACAAUAUCUGUAAUCUGUCAUCUGUUAGAGAGAGAGAGAGAUAGCUGUGUUUGUAAUUAGUGGAUUGUGGAGAACACCGCCAUCUCAAUUAUAUCCUUUCUUUUGUCCCCUUUUUUCUUAUUCUUGUGCAAAUAAAUCCACCCACACCUUCAUACUGAUCUCAUCAAUUAUUGACCAAGAAAGAAUACACUAGGAAUUUGGGUUGCCCAGAAUUAGAGCUAUAAAUCUCCCUUUUCUUUUUUUCUUAAUGAUCAUCACCGAAAGAUUCUUGAUUUUUUGAGGCUUUGGUUUUCCUUUUUUAAUUUCGGAGAUGGUAAAAGUGGAAGAUUGAAGGGAAAGGGAAGUGAAGAUUCCAAUUUCCAAUAUUAUUAUUAUUAUUAUUUCACCCCACUCCAUUAAUCCAAAGAUUAGCCGCUGAUUCACCCAAAAUUCAGUGAAAUUAAAUGGCAACUCCUGUGGAGCCUCCAAAUGGAUUAAUGAGGGCAAAGGGGAAGCAUUUGUACACAAUGUGGCAUACUCUGUUCGAAAUCGACACAAAAUAUAUCCCUAUAAAGCCCAUUGGCAGAGGGGCUUAUGGGGUAGUUUGUUCUUCCAUCAAUAGGGAAACAAAUGAAAGAGUGGCCAUCAAGAAAAUCAACAAUGUUUUUGGAAACCGAAUCGAUGCCCUUAGAACUCUUAGGGAACUUAUGUUGUUGAGAUGCAUAAAGCACGAAAACGUUAUUUGUCUCAAAGAUGUUAUGAUUCCCACUAAUUUGUAUGGUUUUAAGGAUGUUUAUUUGGUUUACGAAUUGAUGGAUACUGAUCUUCAUCAGAUUAUCAAGUCCUCCCAGCCUCUGUCUAACGAUCACUGCAAAUACUUCAUUUUUCAGCUGCUUAGGGGGUUGCAAUAUCUCCAUUCAGCCAACAUUCUUCACCGGGAUUUAAAACCCGGAAAUCUCCUAGUCAACGCUAAUUGCGAGCUAAAGAUUUGCGAUUUUGGGCUUGCUCGAACCAAUAAAAACAACGGUCAAUUCAUGACAGAAUAUGUAGUCACACGAUGGUACCGUGCACCUGAGCUUCUGCUAUCCUGUGAUAACUACGGAACCUCAAUUGAUAUCUGGUCCGUUGGGUGCAUCUUGGCCGAAAUCCUCGGCCGAAAACCAAUCUUUCCAGGAACCGAUUCCCUCACUCAACUCAAGCUAAUAAUCAGUGUACUCGGUAGCCAAUCAGAAGCCGAUCUCGAUUUUAUCGAUAAUGCUAAAGCAAAGAAAUUUGUAAGAUCACUUCACUUUUCAAAAGGAACUUGUUUUUCUUCCUUAUAUCCAUACGCGGACCCCCUGGCAGUUGAUUUGUUGGAGAAGAUGCUUGUGUUUGAUCCUAGAAAAAGAAUAGCGGUUUCGGAGGCUCUUUGUCACCCUUAUAUCUCGAGUUUAUAUGAUCCGAGUUUAAAUCCUCCGUGUCAGUAUCGUAUAAAUGUGGAUAUAGAUGAGAAUAUUGGAGAAUCGGUUAUUAGGGAGAUGAUGUUGAGAGAGAUCCUCCUUUACCACCCUGAAGCUGCUGUUAUAUAUUAAUGUUUUUUUGUCACGCGAUUUCUUAUUUUUAUUCAAUUGAGAUGGACGGGGGACGGAUCACAUUAAUUCCGAUGAUAUCCGGGGAUUAAUUCUUUAAGAUGUGUAACUUAUUGCGGAUUUUAAUCUUUGGUUAACAAACAUUAUUUUGGACUAGUAUGGCAUGUUGAA